AUGGUACGACCCUGGGCCUCUGGGCUCGUCGCGCUCCUCCUCGCGGGCUUGACCCAGGCGGUCCGGCAGCCGCAGCAGCAGCCGAUGAAGGUGGAUUGCUAUGAGGGGGUGACGGGCACCAUCUAUGAAUACGGGGCACUCACCCUCAACGGUGAGGAGUAUAUCCAGUUCAAGCAGUACGCGGGCCAGCACGUCCUCUUCUUCAACGUGGCCACCUUCUGAGGCUUGACAGCUCAGUAUGUUGAACUGAAUGCACUACAGGAAGAGCUGAAGCCUUUGGGUGUUGUUCUCUUGGGCUUUCCCUGCAAUCAAUUUGGAAAACAAGAACCCGGAAAGAACUCAGAGAUUCUUGCUGGGCUCAAGUAUGUACGUCCAGGUGGUGGAUUUGUCCCCAACUUUCAACUCUUUGAGAAAGGAGAUGUAAAUGGAGAAAAAGAGCAGAAGAUCUUUACCUUCCUGAAGAACUCCUGCCCCCCGACUUCUGAUGUUCUGGGCUCCCCGGACCACCUCUUCUGGCAGCCCAUGAAGGUCCACGACAUUCGCUGGAACUUCGAGAAGUUCCUGGUGGGGCCGGACGGUGUGCCGGUCAUGCGCUGGUUCCAUCAGGCCCCCGUGAGCACCGUCAAGUCUGACAUCCUGGAGUACCUGAAGCGGACUGAGUAGCCAGCCAGACCCCCGCCCCGCCCCUCUUUCUGCUAGAGCAGAGC